UCCUCAGAUAAUGUUAUUUAUAUCUCUGGGCGGGUCCGCGGCUCGGCAGCACCAGGAGCCCGGCGGCCGCUGUGCCAGGAGCCCCGCGCUGCCCUCCUUCCCCUCCGCCGCCGCCCCUGGGCUCGGGGUGGCCCCCGCUUCAGUCCCAGGGCAGGGAUCCUUCCAUGAAGACUGAGGCAGGCCAAGCUGCUAAGAGCCUGCUGACAUGACAUCAGCCGCAGAGUUUGAAAAUGUGGGUAACCAGCCACCUUACAGCCGGAUCAAUGCCCGCUGGGACGCCCCAGACGACGAGCUGGACAAUGACAACAGCUCAGCCAGGCUCUUUGAGAGGUCCCGGAUCAAGGCCUUGGCAGAUGAGCGGGAAGUUGUUCAGAAAAAGACCUUCACGAAAUGGGUGAACUCGCACCUGGCUCGAGUGUCCUGCCGCAUCACCGAUCUCUACAAGGACCUGCGGGAUGGGCGCAUGCUCAUCAAGCUGCUGGAGGUGCUCUCUGGAGAGAUGCUGCCAAAGCCCACCAAGGGGAAGAUGCGCAUCCACUGCCUGGAGAACGUGGACAAGGCUCUCCAGUUCCUCAAGGAGCAGCGUGUGCACCUGGAGAACAUGGGCUCCCACGACGUUGUAGACGGCAACCACCGCCUGGUCCUGGGCCUCAUCUGGACCAUCAUCCUCCGCUUCCAGAUUCAGGAUAUCGUUGUCCCAAGUCAUGAAGGUCGUGAAACACGCUCAGCCAAGGAUGCGUUGCUGUUGUGGUGUCAGAUGAAGACGGCAGGCUACCCUCAUGUCAAUGUCACCAACUUUACCUCCAGCUGGAAGGAUGGCUUGGCCUUUAAUGCCCUGAUACACAAGCAUCGGCCCGACCUGAUCGACUUUGAUAAGCUGAAGGACUCCAAUGCCCGGCACAACCUGGAGCACGCAUUUGAUGUGGCUGAGCGCCAGCUGGGCAUCAUCCCGCUCCUCGACCCCGAAGAUGUCUUUACGGAAAACCCUGAUGAGAAAUCCAUCAUCACCUAUGUGGUGGCAUUUUACCACUACUUCUCCAAGAUGAAGGUGCUGGCAGUGGAGGGCAAGCGUGUCGGCAAGGUUAUUGACCAUGCCAUUGAGACUGAGAAGAUGAUUGAAAAGUACAGCGGGCUAGCCUCGGACCUGCUCACCUGGAUCGAGCAGACCAUCACUGUUCUGAACAGCCGCAAGUUUGCCAACUCACUGACGGGCGUCCAGCAGCAGCUGCAGGCCUUCAGCACCUACCGCACUGUGGAGAAGCCACCCAAGUUUCAAGAGAAGGGGAAUCUGGAAGUUCUACUUUUUACCAUCCAGUCCCGGAUGAGAGCCAACAAUCAGAAAGUGUACAUACCCCACGACGGGAAACUCGUGUCUGACAUCAACAGGGCCUGGGAAAGCCUGGAGGAAGCUGAGUAUCAGCGGGAGCUGGCCCUGAGAAAUGAGCUCAUUCGGCAGGAGAAGCUAGAGCAACUGGCCCGGCGCUUUGACCGGAAGGCUGCAAUGAGAGAGACCUGGCUCAAUGAAAACCAGCGCCUCGUGGCCCAGGAUAACUUCGGGUAUGACCUGGCAGCUGUGGAGGCUGCCAAGAAGAAGCACGAGGCCAUCGAGACUGACACGGCUGCCUAUGAGGAGCGUGUGAGAGCCCUGGAGGACCUGGCUCAGGAGCUGGAGAAGGAGAACUACCAUGACCAGAAGCGCAUCACAGCCCGCAAGGACAAUAUCCUGCGCCUGUGGAGCUACCUGCAGGAGCUGCUGCGGUCCCGGCGCCAGAGGCUUGAGACCACCCUGGCACUGCAGAAGCUCUUCCAGGACAUGCUGCACAGCAUUGACUGGAUGGACGAGAUCAAGGUUCACCUCUUGUCUGCCGAGUUUGGGAAGCACUUGUUGGAGGUUGAAGACCUGCUACAGAAGCACAAGUUGAUGGAAGCUGACAUUGCCAUCCAAGGGGACAAAGUGAAGGCCAUCACUGCAGCCACCCUGAAGUUCACUGAGGGGAAAGGGUACCAGCCUUGUGACCCCCAGGUCAUCCAGGACCGCAUCAGCCACCUGGAGCAGUGCUUUGAGGAACUGAGCAACAUGGCAGCUGGGCGGAAGGCCCAACUGGAGCAGUCUAAACGACUCUGGAAGUUCUUCUGGGAGAUGGAUGAGGCCGAGAGCUGGAUCAAGGAGAAGGAGCAGAUCUAUUCUUCCCUGGACUGUGGCAAAGACCUGACCAGUGUGCUCAUCCUACAGCGCAAGCACAAGGCUUUUGAGGACGAGCUCCGUGGGCUGGAUGCCCACUUGGAGCAGAUCUUCCAGGAGGCUCAUGGCAUGGUUGCACGCAAGCAGUUUGGGCACCCGCAGAUCGAAGCCCGCAUCAAGGAGGUGUCGGCUCAGUGGAACCAGCUGAAGGAGCUGGCUGCCUUCCGCAAGAAGAACCUCCAGGAUGCUGAGAACUUUUUCCAGUUCCAGGGCGAUGCGGAUGACUUGAAGGCUUGGCUGCAAGACGCCCACCGGCUGCUCUCUGGUGAAGAUGUAGGGCAGGAUGAAGGGGCCACGCGGGCCCUGGAGAAAAAGCACAAGGACUUCCUGGAGGAGCUGGAGGAGAGCCGCGGGGUGAUGAAGCAUCUGGAGCAGCAGGCCCAGGGAUUCCCCGAAGAGUUUCGGGAUUCCCCAGACGUGACCCAUCGGCUGCAGGCCCUGCGGGAGCUCUACCAACAGGUGGUGGCCCAGGCAGACCUGCGUCAACAGAGGCUGCAGGAAGCCCUGGACCUGUACACGGUGUUUGGGGAGACAGAUGCCUGUGAGCUGUGGAUGGGUGAGAAGGAGAAGUGGCUGGCCGAGAUGAAAAUGCCAGACACCCUGGAGGACCUGGAGGUGGUGCAGCACAGGUUUGACAUCCUGGACCAGGAGAUGAAGACUUUGAUGACUCAGAUUGAUGGCGUGAACCUCGCUGCCAACAGCUUGGUAGAGAGUGGCCACCCACGCAGCGGGGAGGUGAAGCAGUACCAGGACCAUCUAAACACCAGGUGGCAGGCAUUCCAGACCAUGGUGUCAAAGCGGCGGGAGGCUGUGGACUCAGCCCUCCGAGUGCACAACUACUGCGUGGAUUGUGAGGAGACCAGCAAGUGGAUCACGGACAAGACAAAGGUAGUGGAGUCCACAAAAGACCUGGGGCGGGACCUGGCAGGUGUCAUCGCCAUCCAGCGGAAGUUAUCAGGGCUGGAGCGUGACGUGGCCGCCAUCCAGGCCCGUGUGGAUGCCCUGGAGCGUGAGUCCCAGCAGCUGAUGGACUCGCACCCUGAGCAGAAGGAGGACAUUGGUCAGCGGCAAAAACACUUGGAGGAGCUGUGGCAGGGCCUGCAGCAAGCCCUGCGGGGCCAGGAGGACUUGCUGGGGGAAGUCAGCCAGCUGCAGGCCUUCCUGCAGGAUCUGGAUGACUUCCAGGCCUGGCUCUCCAUCACCCAGAAGGCUGUGGCCUCCGAGGACAUGCCUGAGUCCCUCCCAGAGGCUGAGCAGCUCCUGCAGCAGCAUGCAGGUAUCAAGGAUGAGAUUGAUGGGCACCAAGACAGCUACCAGCGUGUUAAGGAGUCUGGGGAGAAAGUGAUCCAAGGCCAGACGGACCCAGAGUAUCUGCUUCUGGGCCAGCGGCUGGAAGGCCUGGAUACCGGCUGGGAUGCCCUGGGCAGGAUGUGGGAGAGCCGCAGCCACACCCUCGCUCAGUGCCUUGGCUUCCAGGAGUUCCAGAAAGAUGCCAAGCAGGCCGAAGCCAUCCUCAGCAACCAGGAAUACACUCUGGCUCACUUGGAGCCCCCAGACUCCCUGGAAGCUGCAGAGGCUGGGAUCCGGAAGUUUGAGGAUUUCUUGGGGUCUAUGGAGAACAACCGGGAUAAGGUCUUGAGUCCUGUGGACUCUGGAAACAAGCUGGUAGCUGAGGGAAACCUGUACUCAGACAAGAUCAAGGAGAAGGUGCAGCUGAUUGAGGACAGGCACAGGAAGAACAAUGAGAAGGCCGAGGAGGCCUCUGUCCUACUGAGAGACAACCUGGAACUACAGAACUUCCUCCAGAACUGCCAGGAGCUCACUCUUUGGAUCAACGACAAGCUGCUGACAUCUCAGGAUGUCUCCUACGAUGAAGCACGAAACCUUCACAAUAAAUGGCUGAAGCACCAGGCGUUUGUGGCAGAGCUGGCUUCCCAUGAAGGGUGGCUAGAGAACAUUGAUGCGGAAGGAAAGCAGCUGAUGGAUGAGAAGCCCCAGUUUACAGCCCUGGUGUCCCAGAAGCUGGAAGCCCUGCACCGGCUCUGGGAUGAGCUGCAGGCCACCACAAAGGAGAAGACCCAGCACCUCUCAGCUGCCAGGAGCUCCGACCUGCGCUUGCAGACCCAUGCUGACCUCAACAAGUGGAUCAGCGCCAUGGAGGACCAGCUGCGGUCAGACGACCCGGGCAAGGACCUGACCAGUGUCAAUCGGUUGUUGGCUAAGCUGAAGCGAGUGGAGGACCAAGUGAAUGUGCGGAAAGAGGAGCUGGGGGAGCUGUUUGCCCAGGUGCCUUCAACAGGAGAGGAGGCAGGAGACGUAGACUUGAGCAUCGAGAAGCGGUUCCUGGACCUUCUGGAACCCAUGGGGAGGAGGAAGAAGCAGCUGGAAUCGUCCAGAGCCAAGCUGCAGAUCAACCGGGACGUAGAGGAUGAGACGCUCUGGGUGGAAGAGAGGCUGCCUCUGGCCCAGUCAGCCGACUAUGGCACUAAUCUGCAAACUGUGCAACUGUUCAUGAAGAAGAACCAGACACUACAGAAUGAGAUUCUGGGCCAUACGCCGCGGGUUGAGGAUGUGCUUCAGAGAGGGCAGCAGCUGGUGGAGGCAGCGGAGAUCGACUGCCAGGACCUCGAGGAGCGCCUGAGACACCUGAAGAGCUCCUGGGAUAGGCUGCAGGAGGCAGCGGCCGGGAGGCUGCAGCGACUGAGGGACGCCAACGAGGCACAGCAGUACUACCUGGAUGCGGACGAGGCUGAGGCCUGGAUUGGCGAGCAGGAGCUCUACGUCAUCUCUGAUGAGAUCCCCAAGGAUGAAGAGGGCGCCAUCGUGAUGCUGAAGCGGCAUUUGAGGCAGCAGCGUGCAGUGGAGGACUACGGCCGGAACAUCAAGCAGCUGGCCAGCCGGGCCCAGGGCCUGCUGUCUGCAGGCCACCCUGAGGGGGAGCAGAUCAUCAGGCUUCAGGGGCAAGUGGACAAGCACUAUGCAGGGCUGAAGGACGUGGCGGAAGAGCGCAAGCGCAAGCUGGAGAACAUGUACCACCUGUUCCAGCUCAAGCGGGAGACUGACGACCUGGAGCAGUGGAUUUCAGAAAAGGAGCUGGUGGCCUCUUCCCCGGAAAUGGGGCAAGACUUUGACCACGUGACUCUUCUGCGGGACAAGUUCCGGGACUUUGCCCGGGAGACCGGGGCGAUCGGGCAGGAGCGGGUGGACAACGUGAAUGCCUUCAUCGAGCGACUCAUCGACGCGGGCCACAGCGAGGCGGCCACCAUCGCCGAGUGGAAGGACGGGCUGAACGAGAUGUGGGCAGAUCUGCUGGAGCUCAUCGACACGCGUAUGCAGCUGCUGGCCGCCUCCUACGACCUGCACCGCUACUUCUACACGGGUGCCGAGAUCCUGGGCCUCAUCGACGAGAAGCACCGCGAGCUGCCGGAGGACGUGGGGCUGGACGCCAGCACGGCUGAGUCCUUCCACCGGGUGCACACAGCCUUCGAGCGGGAGCUUCACCUGCUGGGUGUCCAGGUGCAGCAGUUCCAGGACGUGGCCACCCGUCUGCAGACAGCAUAUGCUGGGGAGAAGGCAGAGGCCAUCCAGAGCAAGGAGCAGGAGGUGUCUGCCACGUGGCGGGCGCUGCUCGAUGCCUGUGCCGGGCGCCGGACCCAGCUAGUGGACACGGCGGAUAAAUUCCGCUUCUUCAGCAUGGCCCGUGACCUCCUCUCCUGGAUGGAGAGCAUCAUCCGGCAGAUCGAGACCCAGGAGAGGCCCAGGGAUGUCUCCUCUGUGGAAUUGCUCAUGAAGUAUCACCAGGGCAUCAAAGCAGAGAUUGAAACCCGGAGCAAGAACUUCAGUGCCUGCCUGGAGCUUGGCGAGUCCCUGCUGCAGCGGCAGCACCAGGCCUCAGAGGAGAUCCGCGAGAAACUGCAGCAGGUGAUGUCCAGGAGGAAAGAGAUGAAUGAGAAGUGGGAGGCCCGCGGGGAGCGGCUCCGCAUGUUGCUGGAGGUGUGCCAGUUCUCGAGGGAUGCCUCUGUGGCUGAGGCGUGGCUGAUCGCCCAGGAGCCCUACCUGGCCAGCGGGGACUUUGGACACACAGUGGACAGUGUGGAGAAGCUCAUCAAGAGGCACGAGGCUUUUGAGAAGUCCACGGCCAGCUGGGCAGAGCGCUUUGCCGCCCUGGAGAAGCCUACCACGCUUGAGCUGAAAGAACGCCAGAUUGCAGAGAGACCCGCAGAGGAGACUGGGCCUCAAGAGGAGGAAGGCGAGACAGCAGGGGAGGCUCCGGUUUCUCACCAUGCGGCCACUGAGAGAACGUCCCCGGGGGAAGAAGAGGCAACAUGGCCUCAGAACCUGCAGCAGCCACCACCGCCGGGGCAGCACGAGGAUGGGCAGAAAUCUGCUGGGGACGAGAGGCCCGCCACGGAGCCCCUCUUUAAGGUCCUAGAUACGCCUCUGAGCGAGGGUGAUGAGCCUGCAACGCUGCUAGCCCCGCGGGACCAUGGGCACAGCGUGCAGAUGGAAGGCUACCUGGGCCGCAAGCAUGACCUGGAGGGGCCCAACAAGAAGGCUUCCAACAGUAAGGGGGGAGAAGAGGGAGAGGAGAAGAGGGGGACAGAGGAGGAUGAAGAGGAGGAGGAAACAGAGUCUGUUACUGUAGACAUGCAGCAACAUGCUUCCCAUGUGUCCUGGAACAACCUGUACUGUGUGCUCAGAAACAGUGAGUUAACCUUCUACAAGGAUGCCAAGAACCUGGCCCUGGGGAUGCCCUACCAUGGGGAGGAACCCCUGGCCCUGAGACAUGCCAUCUGUGAGAUUGCUGCCAACUACAAAAAGAAGAAGCAUGUCUUUAAACUGAGGCUGAGUAAUGGCAGCGAGUGGCUCUUCCAUGGCAAGGACGAGGAGGAGAUGCUGUCCUGGCUGCAGGGCGUGAGCACCGCCAUCAACGAGUCCCAGAGCAUCCGCGUCAAGGCGCAGAGCCUGCCCCUGCCCUCCCUCUCCGGCCCCGACGCCAGCCUUGGCAAGAAGGACAAGGAGAAGAGAUUCAGCUUCUUCCCCAAAAAGAAGUAGCGGCCGGAGGCCCCCGCGGGUGGGGCUGGCAGGCGCGGCAGAGUCGCAGAGACCGGGAGCCCCGGGCCUUGGCCUCCUCUCGCCGCCGCCCGCCUGUUGAAUCGAGUCGAGUCGCGGGCCGGGCCCUCGGGCCCCACGCUGCACUGCAAAAGCUGCCUUCGCCCGCGCGUCCUGGGCCGACGCCCCCUCCAUGCCCUCGCCCGCGCCGGCUCUGCUCCAGGGACAGGGGCUCCCGGCUCCUCUGGCGCCCUCGGGGCCUCCAGGCCUGGGGGCAGGAAACGGUUCUCUGAGGCACACGCCCUCUUCUCCCACCCUCCUCCUGAGCCGAGGGUGCGCAGGCCCCUUACCCCCAACCAAAACAAAGAAAGAAAGAAAAAAAAGAGCUGGAGAACGCUGAUGGGGUUCCUCAAACGCUGCCCGUUCCUAAAGCAAGUCUUGCUUGGGGUCACCUCCCACCUGGUGGCAGCCAGGGAAAGGGGAAAGGAAGAGGGCACUGGAAAUGCAUGGCCAGCCACCUAGGGGCAUGAGGAAGGAGCCUUCAGGUGGCCCACAAAGCCCUAGCUCUGGGUCAGGGGCUGUGGGGGCUGAGGGGACCAGACUGGGUGCAGGGCCUUGGGUGCUGCCAGCCUCCUCCCCGCUGGGCUUCCACAGAACUGGGACUCUCACCUCAGAGGCCACCACAUCCCUCCUCUCUGCUUCUCCCCCUAGAUCAAAGGGCACCCUCCACGGUUGGCAGGGCCUGGCUGAGUGCCUCCAGCACCCUUGUGCCACCACAGGCGGUCCCAGGAGGGGCAGCAAGGUCAGACCAUUUCUCAUUGAAAACUGUGGCUAGGGCACAGGGCUGUGAUCUGAACGAGUGACAGGUAGGUCACAACACUGCCUAAGGCUCUCCCUCUCAAUGCUAGGACCCUCCCCCCACUCCCAGUGGCAGCCAAACCAGCAAUAUCCGACAGACGUAGGCCCCCUAGGGGACAGUGUGGGCCCCCAGAUACAAGAUGGAUACCCCCACAGCUGCAGUGAAGCAUCCCAAAGCCAGAUGUCCAAUUGCAUCCUGUCUGCAGCCGGGACUUCGGAGGGUACGGCUGGGCAGACAGCAAAGUUGAUCACCUAUCGUCUCGGGGUGGCAGAUGCAGCCAUGCCUUGGCAUCACCACACGUGACAGCUACCCCUGCACAGUUGGGACAAAUGUCGGGGCCAGAGCCAUGAAGGUGUGGUACCCCUUGAUCAGCUUCUCCAGAAGGUCCUGGCCCCAGGUCUUGGGCCUGGGGGGAGGGGGUCACAUGAGUACAGAGGUCAAAUAUCUGCCACCUUCCAGCCCUGAGCGCCAGAAGUUCUGCAACCUAUGUCUUCAGGAAUAGCCUUCCCCUUGCUGCCCAGGUCAUACUUCUGGAGGGAGAGAAAACUCAUUCCACAAGGAUUUCCCCGCCACUCUACUCUGAAAGCAACACAGUUCUGGCCCAGUAUCUAACUAGGGUUAGGUCCAAGAGAGGAGUCAAGCAGGUGCGGUAGGGGUGGCAGCAGGCAUUCUCCCCCAGGGAAACCAUAAAAGUCCCCAGGGCCUGCAGGCAGUUUCUAUCACUUUCCCUGUGUGAAGGACCUUAGUUCCAUGGAGAUGAAGUAGGUGAGGUUCAGGUAGAAGCCACAGGGGCAGGCAUCCAGAAUGAGGCCCCCUGAGGAACCCUGAGUGCUGACCAGUGCCAGCAGAAAUCAGUUCCACCCUGACACCAACUGCAGCAGGCAGGAGCCACAGGAAGAAGACGUCAUCCAAUGGAGCCUGAUAUCCCCAGGUUCCCGCCCUGGUGGGCAAGGUCUUCAUUUGGCUUCGGUACAUAUGACCCUAUACAGGGAACCUAGUGUGUACCACUCACCAGCCUCUUUCUGUAUCUGGGGAAAGCAAAGCAGUGAGAUGACUGCACUCACCUAGCAAUAAAGUAGGCCUUUGGUGCACUUGCGGGCAGGUCCUCCUCUGGGGCAGAAAGCAGGUUUCUUGCUGAAGGGCAGAUGGUGGCAAGCAUCUCCCUCAACUGUUUCCCUGGGCCAGUCUUUAGGGAGCCAAGGGACAAGGGCCCACCCUCCCCCUUCCACGUGUGCCAAAUCAGCACCUGAAGUGAGUCAUUUCCAGCAAGCAACUCCACAGACCCAAGAAAAGGAGGACUCCAGUGGAAGAGGUAGCAUCUCACCACCCCAGGUCCCCCGGGCUGGUCCAGGGCAGCCAGCUGCAUGUGACCAUUCUGUUGCCAGCUCCCCACACAUCCCUCCUGUCACCCAGGCCCCAAGACAUUCGACCAACUGGACUGAAACCGCAGGCAUCCAGCUUUGGGAGACCCUGUGCCACACCAGGGCUAAGCUCUCCCAGUACCCUGGCAAGGCCUUUUUUUUCUCUCUCCUUAUUCUACUUUACAGUCUUUUCUUUGACAGUAUUCCUAAACUAGGUUGACACAGCUCCAGUCCACACCAGCAUACCAGGCUUCCUCCCCAGGGCAGUUUAGAGGAAGCUCCUUCCGGGCGUGGUCAGGCGGUCCUCCUUCCCUUUCUCCUUCCCCUUUGUCCCAGCCUCAACUGACUGGCUAAGGGAGGUGUGGAGGGUCCUUGGGCUUUCCUCCCCAACCUGGCCUCCACUAGCACCCCUAACAGGAGGCCCGUGGAAGGCUCAGCCUCUCCUCCACAUCCCUCCUCUUUCCUGACUAUUGGAGGCAACCAGGGUCCCCUAGGCUGACCCUGAAUCCUCUUCCUUCCUUCAUGGGAGCGGGGCAGGAAUCCAGAGGAGGACGAAGCCAGUGGGACCACAUGGCUUGGUGGCUUGGACAAACAAGCUCAGGGAGGAAACGAGGCGGCGGCGGCUGCAGAGGAAUGCAACCCUGUUGGGCACAGACCAUGCAAUCUGGGGCUGGCCCUGGGGCCAGCUGGGUCCUGUCCUCCACCUGCUCAACCGUGCUUCCACCAACCAGAGGAAACCCAUUUACUAGUUUUUCUAAUAAAUCAAUAAUGCUCCA